GUAAUGAUAAAAUCUACAAAUUAUCAAAUGAUCACAAACUAUACAAAACCAUAUAUAAUGAUUUAAUCGCGUUUUACACCAAUGAAUACCAAAUCACUUAUAAAACAAUUGAUUUGAGAGAAAUAAAUGAAAUAUCAAUCAUAACAUCAGAUGAUAUCGAAAUGAAAAGCGAUGAAAAUAUGCCAAUCGAUGACAACAAGAAAUUCAAUGAAACGUUACAACAGAUUAUUAUUCAUAACAUUAAAGCAGUGGAAACAAGAAGUGGUCAGAGCGUUAAUACCGAUGAGUUUGGCGAACCCGAGCUAAUAGGUAGGGGUGGGUUUGGCGGUGUGUAUAAAGUGAAGUAUAACUCAGGCGAUGAGGUUUUACGUCGUUGUCCGGGCCCUAACACCACCGACUCGUGCGGCUACACAUGUCUACACCACUCGGCACUCAACGGGCAUAAGGAUGUUGUGGAGCUAUUACUAGCACAUGAUGCCAACCCAAACAUUGUGGACAAUAAGGGCUCGACGGCACUGCAUUUGGCCGCCUGGACGGGCGACUACGAGAUUGUCAACAUGCUACUUACCAAGUCCGCACACGUGCCAAAUGUUAACCUCAAGAACAACGACAUGGAAACAGCCCUACACUGCGCGGCCCAAUACGGCCACACGCCUGUAGUGUCACUAUUAUUACAGUCGGGCGCCGACGCCAUGUGUCGUAACUCUAAGGACGAGUCGCCCCUGGAUUUGGCCGCACAAUACGGCCGAACCGAUACAGUCGAGCUAUUCCUACGCACCCGACCCUCGCUGGUGAGGCACCUGACGGGCCGACACUCGCCCCUGCAUUUGGCCGCCCGUAAUGGCCAUAAGACUUGUGUUAAGUUACUGAUUGACGCCAAGUUUGAUGUGAAUUAUUGUACUGACGCAGGCAGCGCAUUGCACGAGGCGGCCCUAUUUGGCAAGGUGGAAGUUGUCCGACUAUUGCUCAAAGCUGGCAUCAAUGUGGACCUCGAGGACAGCCACCGGCGCACUGUACACGACUUUCUCGACGACCUCAACACCUCUAUCGCCAAACAGACCAAAAAAUUAAUACGAGAGCAUAGCCUCCUAAUUAGCACCGACUUAGAUGACACGUCAAUACUUAUGUCGGACGCCUCUUCGUCGCACUGUAUUUCGCCCCCUCCGGGCUAUACGGACACAACGCCCGAGCAUUUACGCCACUUUCACUACCAGUCGGACGCCCAGACCGAUGGCAAGGCCUCACCUGCGGUCACCUCCGCCUCGGAGUUCAGUUACUACGAGUCGGCGCCCCCUCCGGCACCUAAACACGGUGUCCCCCAACGGACUAGUAUGCGCUCGAGCACCGGCAGUGAUGAUUAUAAGUUAAAACCGCGCCUAUCCAGGUCACGAGACUCGGUGCUAGAUGGUUAUUCUACCUCCACUUCAAGCAGAUCACCUUGUUAUUUGGAUGGUGAGGUACCGCCACCGUUACCACCUCGACACUUCUCCAAUAAUGUUAUUCCUAUGGAUAGUAAUAGUCAAUACGAAGUGCCCGGCAUACCGGUGGCCAUUAGUCCGGACGAGUAUACGUUACUGCGGCGGCACAACCACUACGACAUUGAUAUGCGGCCCAAUUCGCAGUCAUCGAUGGCCAGCAACCAGUCCGGGGCUUAUAGCCGGUUCAGUGGGGGUACGGGUGGGCUGGAAAAGCCGGUACCGCCGGCCAAACCGCCCCGCAAGUCAAUAUCGCCGGUCAAUAGGAGUCAUACGAUUAAUACAUAUGAUUAUAAUCAGCGCCAAAAGGGCCGCACCGGCGAUCCCGAUGAUCAUGAUCAACAGUUUUCCACUUUUAAA